AUUGCUUUUUAUAUAUGCAGUAGUGCCAUUUGACCGGCUUGAAAAAUGUAAUGCAGAUCAGCCCCUAACAACAAUGCAAGCAUAUUCAAUAUUUUUUAAAAUUUAUAAAUAAAGUUAUUGUUGUAUAGACCUAGCAGAAAAUUACAAGAUCUACUACAACCAAUAAGACUGUACAACUCCAGACAUUCUAGGCACGUGAUUAAAAACCUAACCAAUCGCAGCUCUUAAUUUUACUAGCUCUGUUACUCAUUCACCAUUUUUAGGUCAAGAAACAGCUACGAGUUGGGAGCUCGUGUUGAUUAUGUGGUUCUCCAGAAUUUCUGACGUUUUAUUGGAUCGAUUUUCAAAAAUGCAACUAUGAAUCGGCGGGGUGAAAACAAACACAAAAAGGCAGGAGGUGUAGCUGGUAAAACUGUUGCACCUUCUGCCAGGACCACACGAAGCAGGAAGAAAAACACCCACACUGAAUCUAUGAGCGAAGAUAAGAGUGAAGGGGACGCUAUUCCCACAAUUUCUUCCCAAUGCAACAAUCCUGAUUUAUGCAUCGAUGAAACGGCAGCUUUUUCACCUCCUUCUCCUAGUGUAACUGAAACUUCCUACAAUAUGGUAGAGAGUCGGUCUUCGUUGGUACAGUGUAGCAACAAGUUGGAAUCUUUGUACAAAAGGAUGUCACCAUCGCCACCUAAACUGGAAUGCAUUCAAACGGCAGUGGUCGUAUCUCAUCCCGUGGAACAACCGCGAUUCUCGAAUGUGUCGGAUAAUAACAGUUUCAAGGAAGAAGAAAAUCUUAAACUGCUGGCUAAAAAGGUGCCAAAAAAGCGAAAAUUCAAUCCUGUGGACGUUGAGGACAUCGUCAAUUGCAGCAAAGAGAUCAGUAAAUCUUGCGAGCCUUCUAGUGUCAUCACUAGAACUACUAAUCAGGUGACUAAUCAACAAACAUCCCCUAUUCAAUACCCUUUUUUGUCACCAAAUAAUGUAAAUAUUGACUUGAAAGACUGGAAAGGACAAAGAGUUCUUGCUAAGUCUAAUAACAUUUAUUUGCCUGGUGUUAUAAAAGAAAUUAAGAACGACUGUGAUAUUGUUGUGAUGUUUGACAAGGACCAGACAACAAUUUGCAUAUUGGACGUUUUGGGAAAUGGAAAGUAUGAUGUCAUUAGUGAUCAUAGUCCUUCACCGAGUCAUAUGAAAAUUGGCAUUUGUGUGUGCGUAAGAGUGAAUCAGGAUGAUAAUGUUUUUGUUGUUGGAGAAAUAAUUUCAAUCAGCCCGAAACCCCCAGUUCAGUAUAAUGUUAAAAUAGAGCACUCUGCUGAUUAUGGCUGGAAAGAGGCAAAUGUCUGGGUUUCGCGGGCAAAUCUUAGACUACUCUUACCGCCUUGGUGGGAAGAGCUUGAUAUUAACCCCCCACCUUCAUUGCCUUUUUUAACAAUGCCAUCACAGCUUAUUCAAAACAGUCUGCAAAUCAAGCCUGCGGAAACCAGUGAUAACUUGACCUGGGGAAAUUGUGCUACUCCUAUAGAGCACUCUUUAACUCCAUCAAGUGCUUUUACCCAAGUUAUUACGAAUCGACAGAACUUUCCCAACAUGCUGGGAGAAUCUGAACUUUCUGAAGGACAGCCUUUGAGGAUGACUCCGUCUGUUUCUGAGCUGUACAGCACCGUCACGCCGUCUCCUAAUCGAUUACAAGCGAUGCCUCUUCCUAACACUUUGAAUUCUAACACAUCAGAUCAAAUGGUCCACGAAGCUGUUUUGAGUAAAAGUCCUCACUACGAUGAAGAUUCUUCCGACGACGACUUGAAGAGAGAGAAUAUCAAAUUUGAUCAAGAUUAUUUUACUUAUCCAUACCAGCGACCUUCUACUCUCUCCCAGGGUAGUUUGACACCUAGAUCUCAGUCUCGCAAGAGCGAGACUGUUUUGAGUCGAACCAGUACCGAUUCGUCAGAGUGUUUGGGUACUUCUCGCUCUCCGGCAAUGCUGAAUGCCAAGUAUAAGAAAGGCGAUAUCGUUUCUACACCCAACGGCAUUCGGAAAAAAUUCAACGGCAAGCAGUGGCGGAGACUUUGUUCCAAAGAAGGAUGCACAAAAGAAUCACAGCGUAGGGGGUAUUGCUCAAGGCACUUGUCUCUUCGAGGUAAAAAUAUCCGACCUCCCUCUCUUUCAUUCCCAGGACGGCGUAAAGGAACUUUCAAGGACUCUGCGUCGGGUCGUGAGUUAGAAUGGGAAGAGUCGUCUCACGACAGUGAAUCGAAUCCUGUUUUUUCGGAGAGGGAGAGAGUUCAGCGAUGUUUUGAUAGAGAUGAAACAGAAGCUGCCAACAUGUUGGUUUCGUUGGGCAACUCCAGGUCAGCAACACCUGCAUUUUCUCCUACUCAGAAUACGCAUUCGAUAUCGCCACGGGCUUUCCAGACUCCCAAUACUCAUUUUACCCCCAUAGCACAUCCGCAGCACUCACCUACCGUUAGUGCACAACCUGGACAAUGGAAUUCACAAGAGCCUCAGAUAUUGAGUGCCAUUAUGUCAAACAAUUAUCAAUCUACAGUUGCAAAUUCAUCCUACCACCCAGGCGCCAUUCGGACAGAGGUCAUUCAACAUCCAGCUGCAAUUCAAGAGCUAAAUUCCCAACCUGAAGUGCGAGCGUCCGUUCUGCAUUUGAGUACGAACCAAUCUGAUGCGUUUUCUGUCAUCCAGAAUGCCCGUCCUCUCCUAAUAAGAGAUACACAAGGAAAUCACAAACAGGAGCAUGUUAUAAUGAAAGCAUCCAAAGACGGCACCGUGAAAUUAUCCGAGAAAAAUGCCAUCGAAGUCAUAUCCUCGAUGGAGGAUUCAGAUUUUUCCCGUAAUUUGCCAGAUACACAAACCAUAUUUCUGGUUAAGAACUCAGUUAAAAGUGAUGCCCAAUUUCUCAUGGAAGAAACUGAAGAUGUAGCACCCAUAAAUAUUCCUAAUUAUUCUGCCCAGAAUGCGUUAGUUCGGGAAAGUAGUAAAUUAUUAGAUAAUGAGUUUUCCAAGUAUAUGGAUGAUCAGAGAGGCUGUUAUAGUGUAGAAAAUGACAAUCCUAAUCAGUAUUCUCAAUCAUAUGCACCUGUACAACUGUUACCUAUUAUAAAUAAUGAGGACCUUCCUGAGAAAAAAGAUUUGACUGAAAGUGAUAAGAAUUCAGCUUGGAAUGAUGCUAGGCCGAUUCCAGUUUUUCCUUGGCAUUCUUUAGUGCCAUUUUUGAAGAAUAAUUCUGCUCCUACAAAUGGCAAUUCAGAGUUAAAAUCAUCUGUUGAACCCCUCAGUAAAGAACUGGUUCCAGCAGAACCAGAAGAAGGAGAUGACGAUGUUUUUGCAACAGCUGAGAAUCUUCCCUUAGAUAUUGGAGAAUUAUCAGACAAACGUCGCUCGCAAUCACUCAGUGCUUUGUCCAAAGAAGAAAUGAAAAGUCCGAAAAAGCCUCUUAGUCGAGAGAAAGAUCACAUUAGAAGACCCAUGAAUGCUUUUAUGAUAUUCAGCAAACGCCAUCGAGCUCUUGUUCACCAACGUCAUCCAAAUCAAGAUAAUCGAACAGUGAGCAAAAUCUUAGGGGAAUGGUGGUACGCAUUAGAGCCGGAACGAAAGCAGAAAUAUCAUGAUCUGGCAUAUGAGGUUAAGGAGGCUCAUUUCAAGGCAUAUCCUAAUUGGAAAUGGUGUAGUCGUGACCGUAAAAAGUCUAGCACCAGCUCCACCCCCAAAGAUAGCCAAAAACCUCUUGGCAAUGAUGAACCUCUUACACCAUCGUUAACUUCAAGUAUUCUUUCUGGUUUGAGCAUAUUUUUCAUUUUCAAAUCUGCCCAAUUAUUUCUAAUGAAAUAUGCAAAGUAUCCAUACUUAAUUCAUUGNUUUAAUUUUGAGAAGCGGCCCAGAUCUCGGUCUCUAUCACAGCUGCCUGAUCCCUGGCAUGCCAGUCUGUUGACGAAUUCUUUUGAUGGAAGCAGCUCUGAAAAAAAGGUUUCAGAUGAUUUAAGGCAGGACAGUGAUAUUUCUGGUUUUGCUGAGAAGUCUAAAAAAAGAAGAGAGAUGGAUAAUUUGCGCGGGGAUUCUGAUACCACCAGUGAUGAUGAAAGAAUGGUGAUAUGUGAGGAAGAGGUAGAUAAUGUUUCAGAUAAAUCACUUUUAUGCACUGAGGAACCACCCAUCGACUUAAAGUGCAAAGAGAAGGUCACAGAAAGCGAUACGGAAAGCCAGUCUGAUGAAGAAUCCUUGUUAGAAAACAAGGCAUUCCCUCAACAGAGAUUCUCACCGGUCAUGAAGCAUCAUCCGUCUGUAGAAGUCACCCACCGCCCGAAGCCUAUAAAAGCACACCCUUGUUCCAACUCCCAAACUUCAUUUUCCACCAGCAAUGAAAACAGUAGUUCUCCUAGUAGUGCUGUCGGCGGAACUUUCCUCAGGCCUUUGCCAACCGUAUCCUGCUUUCAGCCUACGGGUGCAGUCUUCAAAGAUGUUCACUCUCCUAAAGUGAAUGCAAGCGACGCCUUCACUUCGUUCCCUGUCGAAAUCUCCAAACCCUCCAUAAUUGUCACUUCCGAAAAAGGCUUGUUCGAUAGAGUAUCAGACUCUCCGGACAUGCCCGUUCUCGUCUCGAAGAUACCGCCUAUGCUUGAAGCUGUAAACAGUGAGCAGUGCUCCCUGUCUAAUCAAAAACUAGUUACUUUUGAAGAAUCUCAUAAUAAUGGUGGGGAUGGCGCUAAAAGUAAGACACAAAAAACUGUUCAGAAGCUCUGUCGUGGCAGUAAUUUGCCUCCGCCUCUUUCAAUCCCCUCCAUCAAUCUCACUCAAACGCAUGCCAAAAAUAUUUCUCCUCAAGUACCGGCAGCCUUGACCAGGCAGCAUUUGCAGGCUCUUCAAGUCCCUGUUCAGAACGACAAGUCCAAAUUGCAACUGUCCGCUUCCCUUAUCCAGACAUCGCAAGGCUUCUUGGUGUCCAACAGUGCCCUCGGGGCCACUCAUUACAGCAUGACAAUCCUCAAUCCAUCCACGUCUAAAAGUUCACCGUGCGUCUCCCCGGCUCAAACUUCUCCCGAGAUUUUAACCGCCACCCUGAAAAACUUGGUCAUUCCAGUUUCCAAACACAAUGGCAUACCGUCUUCUCCCCAGACGACUGUUUCUCAAAUAACGCCUACGGUUUUAGCAAAUCUCGUCCUGAAAGCAAAUUCCCAAGUACCUGCUCAAAGUGUGUUGUCCAGCCCGACAUCUCCGAGUCAGUUUCAUCUGUCUCCUCAAUUGAUAUCAAGGUCUGGGACAACUCAAGUGCAGUAUCUGUUGCCAUCACUUACUUUACAAUCACCUACUUUAAAAGGUAUGGUUCAGAUGGCCGUUCCUACCCAAGGAAGUAUUCAACUUGGUACUCCAACAACUCAUGCAAGUGGCGUGCCUACUAGCAUCACUGGGAGUACAACUAAAUACAUGACAAAUGGCCAUGGAAGCAGUUCUCUUCUUUCUCCAAAAAAAUCGAACAGCACCACCACUUGUAUUCAAGGCGUGAUUGUUAAUAAGCAGAAUUCAAUUCAACCAGCUGGAACUUCGCAGGUGUUGACUCUCACGUCUGCUGUCAAUCCCAUUGUGGAAAAUUCCUGUUUGCAUUUGAACAACAUGGCAAUUAGUAGUACUCCAACUGCACCCACACAGAGGCUUAUUCUGCCGUCUACUGGCAGAAGACAAACUUCAUCCCCUGGAUCUCCUGCAACCUUGACAGCACACCCCCUCAUGUCUUCUCCCAGUGUCCAAGGAGCAUUGAUUCAGUUACAACCCUGUGUAGCAGUUACACCACAAAAAGAUCCUUCUUUUGUUGCAAUCAAUCAAGUGAAAUCACCGACUGUGAAUAUAGUCUCUACAUCUGCAUCUUCCUCUAUCAGCCCUAGAACACCAUCUGUAACAAUAGCCCGAAGUCCACAGGCUAGAAGUCAAUCACCUCAAUUUUAUGCUGGUGUAAUGGAUAUAAAAUCACUUUCUACAACACCUCUGAGCUUAACACCCAACAGUAAAGGUGAUCUUACUUUUUCAACUCACACUUUUCUUCCAAAACCGCAGAAAAUAAAAGCGACUGUCGCAAAUGUUCCUGUUGCUCCAACCGAUGUGGAAUCUUCAUCUAAAGUUGAAAUUAAAACAGAUGCAGAUAAUCUGAAGCCUCAAAGAUCCUGCAAAGGAAAACGUUAUAGAGAGAUGGUUGCAGAAGGAGGAAUAAAAGCUAAGAAAAAACCUCCAAAGCUGGGGUUUAGUAAUGAGGUAAAUCCCUCUCCAAAUGUCUCAAUGCCACAACUGAGUGUAUCAUCUAGUGAUGAGUCACAAGUUUGUUUUGUGCUAGCCCCGACUCCUGCCCAGCUGGGAAGAGCACCCGGUCAACUCAAUCAUCGGAGACUUUCUUCAGAAUCUCAAGAAUCUCCUUCUGGUGGUGAUGACCCUCAAGAAGCAAAAAAACCCAUUCUUAAAAGGAUAGCUGAUGAUGGAAUGGACAAGGUUCUAGAGCAAGUUGACUUUGAAGCUCGUUUUGCUGAAUUGCCUCAGUUCAAUCCUGAAGAAUCUCCUUCCUCUGCUGCUUCAUUGCCCAAUUCACCCAGAGCUUUUGUAAAUAGUUACAGAAAAAAAAGGAGACUUUCCACUGCUCAAGACCAAGAAGAGGUUGAAGCUAUGAAAAGUCCUUGCAAACCCAAAUCUCAAUCAAGCAGCUCAGAGACAGGUACUCCCAAAACUCCAAAAAGUGCUGCUAAGUUUGAAGGAAUAAAAUUCUUUGGGCCAAAUUUCAGUAUUGAAGAAUUCACGGAGGCAGAUAUAUCUGGCGCUCAUUCUCCGAGAACUCCUAAAACACCGAAUGAUGGAGAGAAAGGUCUGUCUUCACAGAGGAGAAUUCUGGACACAAGAAGGAGCUUGGUAAUGCAGCUGCUAAAAGAUGUUGGCUUAUUUCCUACAGCACAAGAGACUGCUCAGUUCCAGCAUGUCCACCAGGAAGCAUUCCCCACCAAAAAUACUCUGCAGUUAAAAAUUCGUGAAGUACGACAGAAAUUAAUGGCCCAAAAUUCUGGAACACCUCAACCCCCUACAACGCCCACUGGUGGCACCAACGGGUGCGUGUCAUCUCCAUCUCCCCACACGCGACCUGACAUUGUGGACGCCGUGUCCCGCCCUACUACGAGUUCUCAGAAAUUUUUAGCCCCUGGUCCCGUCGUCGUGAACAGCAAGAAUCGUCCACCCCUGAUACCCUCUCCUUUGAGCGAGGAGACAAAGAACAGUUCUAGCUUGCUUCAUGAAAAACUAACAGAAUCAUCAUCAUCAGUGUGCUUGAACGAGCAGAGCUGAUAAAGCACUUUGCAAACCUGAUUUUAGCUGCUGAUAAACUAAACUAGUCAUGUCACUUUUUAAGUGCUUAUUUAUCUGAUGUAUGAAAUGACAAUUUUAACAUGUCUUAUCACGUUAUUUGAGUUAAAACAGGGUGUCUGGCAAUUUGGAAAAGGUAGUUAGAGUGCUAAUUUCUAUAAAUAGCCCGGAAAAUGAUACAUUUAUAAGUCAAAGAAAAUUUAAAUUCCUGAGGAAAAAGAAUUUUCCCUCAUUGCAAUUAUCAUUUUUUAAAUUUUCAAGAUGAAAUGCUUUUACACUUUCUUGUGCAUUUAUUUAUUUUCUCUCUCUAAUCCUUGUGUAAUCCAACUUGGUUAAUUUGUUGUGCAAUAAGAACCAUAUUUAGUCAAUUUUUCCCCCCUUAAUUGAUACAUAUUUAGUAUAAAUGAGUAUUAUAUGCUAGCAAAUAAAUAUUAGAAAACAUUAUUUAAAUAAAAUUAAGUGAAGCACGCUACUACAGAAUUGUUCAUUAAAUAAUUUACUUAAUUUGUUUUCUUAUAAAUAUGUAAAAGCUAAUUUCCUUUUUUUUUUUUUUUUUAAANAUUUUUUUUUUUUUUUUUUUUUUAAAUAUUAAGUUGAUAUUUUAAUUUUGUUUUUUAGUGGAAGUGUAGCUAAAAAUCUGACAUUGUUUGAGUAGGUGCGCUUAAGGCUAAGUUUAAAUUUGUGUGGUUUAUUUAAUACUGUUUAAUAAUUUACCAACUACAGUGAAAGCUUGACUAUCCCAGAUAGGCAAUUCUAGCAAGAUGAAAGUUUGAUAAUUGAGCACAAAAAUUUUGGUUUUCUAAAUUACCUUAUUUUCUAAGUAAUUACCUCACUUUAUUGUUAAUGCAAUAAUUAUAAUAAUAAGAAAAAAAACUGAAGUUGCAAAAUGAAAAAAAAUAGAUUUAAAAAAAUUACUAAUUUUUUUAAAGUUUGUUUAAAUGAUAUCUUUCAUGUAAUUACAUAUGAUUUGCUUAUAAAACCAAAACUCUUGGUGUUCUUUAUUUAAGUAUUUACUGGAAAAAAAUACCACUUUAUUUUGACUACUUUCAAAAAUUCUGCUUGCCAUAAAAAAAAAAUUUUUUUUUAACCUAUAGACUGUAUUUUGUAAUUUUUUUUUAUCAGUAGUAGAUCCGUAGAUUGUAAUUUUUUAAAUCUGUAAUAAUCCCUGCAAAUUCUGCCUUUAGGUUUGUCAAAUUCUAGCUGGUUGGGCUUUUUAAAAAUAUUGUGUGUGCGUUUAAUAAAGUGAGAGAAACUUAAUCUGAAACUUUGCCAGGCACCUUGUUAUACAAUAGGAUUAUUCGCAGCAAUCAAAAAAACAUUAUUUCUUGUUGUUGUUCUUAUCUUAUCUGAUAGAUUUAUGGUUUUAAAAAUCAUUUGUUGUUUUUGUUGAGACAUAUCCACCUUCAUUCAUUUUUGUAAAUACUCAUUAUUAAUACUUGUUUUUAUUUUUUAAAUCAGGGAUGCUAACUAUUAUUGAUAGUUGUUAUCUUAGUUGUUAUUCUUCUAAUUUUAACUUAGUGUUAUAAUUUUUAAGGCUCCUUGUUGUAUACUCACUGUGACUUAGCUUCUUAUGAAUUUCAGUUACUUUAAUUUCAAAUGUCACACAUAUUUUAUUAUGAAUUAAUGACAUAAAUGAUUUUAAAAAUCUUACUUUAAUGCUUUCUUCAAGUAGUUGACAUGGUUCAGUGUUGAAGCAACUAAUGGAUUUCUUUAAGCUUUGAGAAAUACCAUUGUUUUUAAGUUUGUUGGUCAUGGUAUUUUCGAGUUUAGAUUUGUUUUUUGUUUUUUUAAUAUAUAUAUAUAUAAAAUUGGAUUCAGUUACUUUAAUUUCAAAUGUUACACAUAUUUUGUUGUGAAUUAAUGACAUAAAUGAUUUUAAAAUCUUUACUUUAAUGCUUUCUUCAAGUAGUUGACAUUGUUCAGUGUUGAAGCAACUAAUGGAUUUCUUUAAGCUUUGAGAAAUACCAUUGUUUUUAAGUUUGUUGGUCAUGGUAUUUUCGAGUUUAGAUUUGUUUUUUUAAUAUAUAUAUGUAUAAAAUUGGAUUCAGUUACUUUAAUUUCAAAUGUUACACAUAUUUUGUUGUGAAUUAAUGACAUAAAUGAUUUUAAAAUCUUUACUUUAAUGCUUUCUUCAAGUAGUUGACAUGGUUCAGUGUUAAAGCAACUAAUGGAUUUCUAAUUUCUUUAAGCUCUGAGAAAUAUCAUUGUUUUUAAGUUUGUUAAUUAUGGUAUUUUCGAGUUUAGAUUUUUUAAUUUUUUUUAUAUAUAUAUAUGCAGGGUAUCCGCCCACCUGGAAAGUCAUGAAUUUCGGUAUUGAACAAAAUUUGUCAUGAAUUUAACUAUUUUUUAAAAAAAACAACAUGAAAAGUCAUGGUUUUAGGUCGCUGAAAAAUCUAAUUUAUAAAAUAGAACUUACCCCCUCUACCCAAUUUCACAGUGUUCCGAUUAUCUGAAUUUGUAACAUAAUCUCACUCACAGUCAUAUUUGAUUAAAAUAAAAAAUGCUUUUAUCGUGUUCUUUAAAAAUUAUGGUGUUCUUUCAAAAAAUGAAAGAAAAAACAUCAUUUCUAGAGCGAAUUAUCUUUUAAAACU